AUGAGCAAGUACGUGGAAAAGCAGCACACCAGCAACAACGCGCAGGACGCGUUUUCGUCCUGUGAAAACACAGUGGCGCAACGUACAAGCAUUCUCGACCCACAUCUGUCAGUUUUGCAGCUGUUGGAGCAAGAAAGCGAUGACGUGGCCCACUCACAGGACCAGGAUCGCCAGGCGCCAUCCCAGAUCUUGACCGUUGAUAAACCCCAGAAAGCACUUCAAAUUUCGCCCGAAAUGCUGCAUCGCAGCAUUUCGGACUCGUGGCAGUCUAUCCGCCACACGGACUAUUCCAUUCUGAACGUUUUCGGUGAGAAUCAGGCCACACAACACGCAGGCAUUUUAUCGUCGUCGGACACGUCAGAGGACGAGCCGGAGCUACAGUAUUCGCCAUCGCCCAACCAUUUUGUGUUUCCAGGAUCUGCGCUGCAUUCGUCCGAACGGUCGUCACUUGCGUACUCCAAUAAGCCCAGAGACCCUGGAAUCGGCGCGGACGCGGACAACGACAACGAAACAGUGACUGUAAGCCUUGCGAAUUCAUCCAAUUCCUUCGUAAUGCCAAAGCUCUCACUGGUCCAGAAAUCUCAAAAGUUUUGCAUAGUAGUAGUGGGCAGGCCGGCGCGCAAGUUCUACAACGGAUUCCCGCGCUCGUAUCAAAAAAUGUUCGAGGUGGGCGACUACGAACAUCUAGAGAACGCCAACUUGCGAAACUACAGCGCGGUCAUGAUCGUCUUUCAAGACGUCCAAACUGCUCCUGCUCUCCUAGAGAAUGUUACGCAUUUCAACAGAAACGUCAUUCCGGUGUGCCAGCGCGGUCAGCAGCACCAGAUAGCUAGCAUUCUCAAAGCGCAUGCACGGAAAAACCGCAUACGUCAAAUUCAUGCGCUCAUAGUAAUGUCCGACCACAGAGAGGUUCAUGACCUACUCAAACACCUUCACAGUCUGAGUCGCGAAGCGGACUCCGGGUAUGAAACCGAAGUGGGGUCUACGGCUGUAUCAAAGCGCAAAAAAUCGUACAGGAAAAGAUCCACGCCUCAUUUAAGCCCAUGGAUCUUCUGGAGCAUAUCUUUGACCGUCGGUGUAGGCAUAGGGUACUGCAUGUCCUGCAUUUUCUCUUCCAGCAGGUCAUCUGGCGAAGGCUCUUUGGUAUCCGUCGACGAAUUCACCUGUACUGACGAUCAUCAUUUUUCCCGCUCACCAGAUGGAGCGCUCGAAAAAUACUGGCGCAAACUCGUUUAUAUGAUGAAAGCUGCCCUUCGAAAUGUUUCCAUGUCAUUAAAAGAGGCUAUCAACGCCCAACUACCCGUUGUCACUUGGAUGCACCGUAUCAGCAAAGAGUGGCUACCAGAUGAUUUGGACGGCACCGUUCCAGGUGUUGCAUCUCUAGAUCUUGUGCUGAUCUGA